AUGGUGAACGUCGUCGUGGAGACGCUCUUCCGGGUGCUGGCGUCCCUCACGUCCAUCAGCGUCACGCUCAGCAUGAUCCCGUCCAUGUAUCGCAUCUACCGCAAGAAGGACACGGGCAUCGCGUCCGUGCUGCCGCUUGUGUGCAUGGUGGCCAACGCGCACGUGUGGAUGCUGGACGGCGCCGUGGUCAAGAACUGGUUCCCCAUGUUCGCCACCUUCCUCACGUCCGACGUGAUCGCCAUCGGCUACGUGACGACGUUCUUCUGCUUCGCCCGCGACCGCAAGAAGGCUCUGCGCAGGAUCAUCAUCGGCGCUACCAUCCUCGGCUUGAUCACCGUGUACGCGAUCGUCGGCAGCGCCGGGUACACCAACCAGUCCAAGGACGGCGUGGACACGACGCUCGGGAUCUUGGGUGUGCUGGCCGGGCUCAGCAUGUUCAGCUCGCCGUUCGAGCGGAUGAUGAAGGUGCUGCACUACAAGUCGGCGGCCUUCAUCCCGAUCCCGAUGGUGGCGGCGGGCGCGCUGAACAACGUCAUGUGGAUCGUGUACUGCCCCAUGAUCGGGAGCUGGUUCCUGUUCGCCGGCAAUGUCAUGUGUAUGCUAGUCAACGCGGUGAACCUGAUCCUGUACAUCAUCUACAACCCCAAGACACACCCGCUGCGUCUCGAGCAGAAUGACCCAGACGCCCUUAGCGUCAACCCCACGGGGGUAGAGGCUAUAUCUCUCUCCGUCGCGAUUUCACCGAUUCCAGACGACGGUGCCAAGAGCAAAAAGGCCUCCCAGAGCCCAGCCUAUAAUGCAUUUUGCUCGCCGAAUGCUGAGGCCCUCAGACGUUAG